GCAGGAGUUCUGGCAGAUGAAGCAGGCGCGCGGCGCCGACCUGCGCAACGGCGCGCUCGUCAUCUACGAGUCGGUGCCCGCCUCCAGCCCGCCCUACGUCUGCUACGUCACGCUGCCCGGCGGCUCCUGCUUCGGAAGCUUCCAGAACUGCCCGACGAAGGCGGAGGCGCGGCGCAGCGCGGCCAAGAUCGCGCUCAUGAACUCCGUGUUCAACGAGCACCCGUCGCGCCGCAUCUCCGACGACUUCAUCGAGAAGGCGGUCGCGGAGGCGCGCGCCUCCUUCAAGGGUGACCCAGAGGAGGCGGACAACCCAAACACUGGCAUCGGCGCCUUCCGGUUCAUGCUGGAGACGAACAAGGGGCGCACAAUGCUGGAGUUCCAGGAGCUGAUGACAGUGUUCCAGCUGCUGCACUGGAACGGUUCGCUGAAGGCGAUGCGCGAGCGGCAGUGCUCGCGGCAGGAGGUGGUGGCGCACUACUCGAACCGCGCGCUGGACGACGACAUGCGUUCGCAGAUGGCGCUGGACUGGAUCGCGCGCGAGCAGGAGAACGCGGGCGCGCUGAGUCGCGAGCUGCGGCAGGCCGAGCGCGAGCUGGACGCGGCGCGCCUCGCCGGCCGCGAGCUGCGCUUCCCCAAGGAGAAGAAGGACAUCCUGAUGCUGGCGCACUCGCAGGCCGGCGCCGGCUCGCUGCACAGCUAGGCCGGCCGCCGCCCCCACCCCGCCCUGCACUGCCCGCCGCGUCGCCUGCGCACCUCCCGCCCUCGACACAGUAACAAUCGUACCUUCUUCCGAAACAAUCGAGUGCUCUUCAUUACUUACGUAGUGGCUCCAUUCUUUCGUUUUUGGAUCUCAUCUUUUUAUCCUCUGGCUACGAUUGCCUGGACGCCCUAUCCUUCUCCUCUGGCUACCACACUCACUGGAUUCUCUCUUCAUAUUCUCUAGCUACCAUACUUAACUCAUUGUUUGUAUAUCCUCUCCGUAAGCUCUGGACACCACACCUAAAUCAUGUUUGGAUGCUUAUAGCCUCUGACUACCGUACCAAAGUCAUUGUCUGCAUGCCUCUCCAUACAUUCCAGCAAUCAUACGUAACUCCUACUUUGGAUGUCCUCUCCAAACCCUCUGCCUACCAUACAUAACUCAUUGUUGGUACGUCCAGUCCAUAUCCUCUAACAUACUUCACUUAUUAUUUGGAUGUCCUCUCUAUAUCUUUGGGCUGCCACACCUAGCCCUUCGUCUGAACGUCCAUAUCGCCUGGCUACCAUACCUAACUCAUUGUUUGAAUGUCCUCUCCACACCCUCUGCCUACCAUACUUCACUCAUCGUUUAGAUGUGCACUCCAUAUUCUCUUCCUAACAUACCUAAUGUGACGCUUCCACGGACCAGUCUUCAAUGCCACCUCAUCACACUCCUUGGGCUCCACGAACCAAAUCAAGAAAGACAAUCACCACUGUCAGUGUCACUUUUUAUGUUUAUUCGGAUAACUGGUUCACUCUUUCUUACAUGCCAUUUUAAGAUUCGUAUCUAACUGAUGCGCAUUACAGCUCCUCAGAAAGGCGAGCAUUGCGUUAAAAAGGAAUAAACAUAAGAAGUGAUCCGGACAAUGUUCGUCUUUCUUCAUUGUAUUGAAAGUGGUUAUGGUGCCAUCAUAUAUCAUGCCUACCAUUAUUUUCAACCAGUAUAAAACAGUGGACUCUGCACCGCAGCCUCUUAUGACGUGGCGAAGUCAACGUUAAGGUUUCUAAUUUAAGUUUCUUAAGUGUCGUGUUACUUGACUCAUAUGCUGUUAUGCUGUUUAGAAGACACUGGGUGUAGCCCAAGCAACUAAACUGUCUGUCUGGUGAUGAGAACAGUAUGGUUCUGUGCUCAUUUUUUCAACAGUUGAGAUGACCUAUUGACACAUAAAUAACAAAUAAAAUACGAACACAAAUAUAGCUUUUUACAGUUUGCACUAUUAUUACACAAUAAUACUAUUAUUAUUCAAGAAUACAUCUUCUUAUUUUACGCAACCUAGGUUUAAAGUUACAUGCCAAUUUCCUAGAGUUACUGUUUCGCUGAUGUGAUUCGUAUCUUCUGAUGUGUUGUGGAAUAAAGAAUCUAUAGCAACCAUAGAAAUUAAGAGACCACGCGAAGUACAUGGAGAUUUCACACCAUUGAAAUCGACCUGUCAAUAUCUCAAAUCAUUGUUUAAUUUUUCUGAUGUACACUGUAAGACAUCUAUAUAACACUUACUUUCUCUUGUUGUUAUAGGCUAUUUUGCUUCAUAAUACAUCAAAGAACACAAAUAACAACUAUGAAAGAGGAACACUUAAAAUGGAGUUCCAACUCAAAAUCUGCAGCGUGUAAAAUAUAAAGUCGUAAAGCACACAUAAAAUAUAUGUUGUCUUGUAUAAUAAUUACUGUAUUUGACUAAGAGCCAAUGGUAAAUUAACAGAACUGUAUCAUUGCAUUCUACACUGUGAGGAUGGAUUGCAUAAAAAUAAAGAACAUAAAUACUCUCGAAAUAUUGCACCUCAGAUAGUUCCACAAUACACUGUUUUACUUCCAGGCAGAUAGUUUCUUUGACCAAACUGUGUAUCCUCGUCGCAAGCAAUGUAUAUAGGAUGUAUUUUUCUUGAAAUGGAGGUGCGUCCAUCCUGUUGAGGACCAUAAGCACCCAAACGCAGUCCACUACGAAUACAUCUGUUGUCAAUCGAAAGGCACAGUUUAUUGGAUGGGGCCACCAUUCUUGAAAUAUGAUACCACUCGCAUCACAUUCAGAUACUCCCGACGGAAUUGUAUUCAUGUCAGUCUUUUAUCAGUGAAAGCGAAGAUGCCUCUGGUUCUGGGAGAGGGAUUUAUUCAGUAUUAGAUAAUUAUCUAUCCACUGAAAAACUGACAUUAAUGCGUGUUAUACAAUACUCUGCUAUUUAGUAGCACAGUUUCGUAUUCAGCAAACAAGUACUUAGUGUUGUCCUGCUGCUUGCAGUGACUUGGCUAAAUAUCAAAACAUGCAUGCAACAUUUGUAACGAGACGACAGGAGAGAGUUGCAUUUUACUCUUAAUGAGGACACCAUUGUGUACGGAGCCAUGACAGAAACGCAAAAAUUACCUGAAGAUCUUGAUAUUUCAGAUACACAAACUCUGUUAUUUUGUCGCCCUGUUCAGGGUGAAAAAUAAUAUUGUGUUCUCCGCAAUUAAUAAAAAGAAAUGAUCCAUUCGGAGUUAGAGCGCAUAAGAAGAGACUUCCAUUCCAUUUUAAGUUCUUUCAGACUGUUGUUCCUACUAUUCUAGGAAUUUACAGCAAUAUCUGCCGUUCGAAACGUAUCAUUCCGCCUUACUUCUAGCACCUCAGCAAACAUAAAUCUGUUUUCUCUUUAGGUGUCGUAUCAGUUGAAAGCCCUUCUCAUUACGUGUCUCGUCUGGUCUGCAAACUCCUUAUAAGGACGAAGAAAGAGUGCACAUUGUAAAAUGAAGAAGAAAGUGCAGACCGAAGUGCAAGACGAACCACGAUAUUUACGAACGGAUGUGAUAGGCUGAACUAAUAUUUAUUCGCUGGGGACUGGAGGUAAUGCGCAGCCUUCUGCUACUCUCGUGUCCGGCGGCAGUGCAGUGACGAAACUAAGGCACCUCCUGCCAUCUACCGAUAUGCCUAACUUCACAGGAUCAUCGUGUGGUGCAAUACACGCUUAACAAAACUAAAAAGGUUAAUGAAUUAUUUUGUACUUAUUAAUGAUCUCAUUCAGUUUAUGAUUGAUUCUUUUUUGUAAUUAAAUUUGUCAAUUGCUUCGUUAAGGAAAAGAAAUAUCUCUGAUGUCUUUCUGGUCGCUUAAAAAUUAACCUGAAAUAUGAUGCCUUAAAGGGGAGUCGAAUACUGUACUUUGCGCAGAAACUUUGACUUCAGCCGUUCGUGCUGUACAGUGUAGAUUGCUCAGCUCGCUUGUUCAGUGGACAUCGACGACGAGGAAUUGGUAUCACCAUCAGCCGUUCCUCUUCUCUUUGACAGUCACGACACGAGAUGCCGAUGUAUUGUUCACCGUCAGUGCUCAUACUUGCUUCCGUUUUCCGUGAGUCGGAGAAGCUUGUAUCGUUUUACGAAAUAAGUAUUAUGCACGUUUUUGUGCCAGUAAUUGUUUUCAUAUGAUACAAUAACUUAGUUACUUGUCUGAUAGAGUCGGAAUCCUGAUAUACUGGUCUAUUGCGAGUCUAGCAACUCAUGGGGACUUACAGUCGUAUAAAGAGAGAGUAGAACUAUCGUAAAAUCUUCGCCAUCGGCCUACAACGUGCAAGGGGAAUUUCACAACAUAACAUUGUUAUCUUAAAGAUACGAGAGUGAGCUGCCUAAACCAUCAACAUAUUUGAUUUUGAUAUCAAGUCAGGACUCUAUCACACCAGAAAGUGACUGAAUGCUCAUUGCACUUUCCCGUAAACAUGCCGUGUCGUACAACAGGAUGCGAUGAACAUUUCAUGCCUGUGGAUGACGGUCUCUCCAAUAUGAGGCACAAUUCAGUCACUCUCAAAGUCAACCGAGCGAGGUGGCGCAGUGGUUAGACACUGGACUCGCAUUCGGGAGGACGACGGUUCAAUCGCGCGUCCGGCCAUCCUGAUUUAGGUUUUCCGUGAUUUCCCUAAAUCGCUCCAGGCAAAUGCCGGGAUGGUUCCUCUGAAAGGGCACGGCCGACUUCCCUCCCUAAUCCGAUGAGACCGAUGACCUCGCUGUCUGGUCUCCUUCCCCAAACAACCCAACCCAACUCUCCAAGUCAGAUAACCUUCCAACUGGAGAGUCAAGAGAUAUAUUUACAUCAGAUGAUAUAUUUACUUCAUAAUAAUCGGAAUCUAUCUCUUUACGAAUUCUUCAGUCAAUAGUGAGGAAGUAGGGCGAAAUCUGGCAUCGGUCUUCAACUGCAAUGGAGUGAGGACGUAUAUUCUUUAAGUUGUCGUAGGCGAGAUUAUAGAAUUUCUGUAGUUUGCAGAAUGUUUUUUAAAGAGGAAGAAAUGAUUACAACAAAAGACGAGCAGACGUCAUUUAACAUACACGGAAAUAAGGACAAAAUAAGUCCUGUUGUGGAAGAAUUCAGUAAGAAAAUAGAAAUAUCAAAUAUUUAAAUGCGAAGGAAAAUAGAAAUAAAGUUCAAGAAGAUUCAGUUUUCUAUCCAGACGAUGCUAAACUGAACCUCCCUUACAUCUGGAAGCCAGAUGCUUGACUGAGUUUAAUUCGAAAUUUUUAAUACCGAAGGUAAAACUCCACGUUCUUGCCCCUACCUGGCAGUUUUAUUCUAUCGCGAUGGCUGGCUACAGAAAUCACUGAUGAGUAACUCGACCACUCAAGAGUACAAGAUCUUUGUAACAGAUACAGCAGUCUUUCUGCACACAAUAAAACAGUGAGAUGUUAUUGGAGGAAAAGCAAAGAUGAACUACUUUCCGGAACCCUCUUGGCAUGAGGGACAUGGCGUGUUCGGUGGGAAAUCAGUGAGGACUGGGCUGCCAAAUGCGGAUACAAGCUGUGGGCGCACACUCCCCACAUUCUCGGGGCCGCGCCUUGCUUUGCAUUACCUCCACCUUGCUGUCCGCCAUUUAAUUACGCCUGCAUGCUGCCAAGCCAGCCUGCAAAACCGCGCCUUCCUCGCGAGGACGUGCACCACAUUCCUGAUGCAGCGAAGUCCUUCCCCUAGACUCAUUACGUCCUGCAACAGUGACCGAACGCUCGACGCUCUUUCCCGUACAAACCGACGUGUGGUACUGCUGACGGUAGUGGGUGGAAGCGCUGAACAUUACAGCCCAGUGGAUGAUGGACUCUCCAAAAUAAUUCCGUCACUCUCAAAGUCAGGUAUACUUCCUGACGGAGAUACUCUCAUCUUCAGGAGUUACGUGAUACAUCUACAUCACAAUCAUGUUAAUUUAUCUCUUUAAGAAAUCUUCGUGCAAUAAGGAGAGAGCGGUGCAAACUCCCGCAUCGGUCUUCAACUACAAGUGGGUUUUGGAACGUAACUGAUAUAUCAAAGAUGCCUGAGGGUUUCAGGUGAAGCACCUAGAACAGAAAAUACGUUUUUAUUUUUGAAUUUAUUCCGAGACUCUGUCUUUUGUACGAGACAGUCAGUGGCUUGAAUGACUGUACUACUCCGUAAAUAAAGACAGGGCCAAAACCAAGCAGUUCAGAAGAUAUCUUAGUUCAGUAGUCCCAAGAAGAGUACUAUUUUCCCAUACUACUUACACUGAAAUAGGGGCCAACACCAUUACUUUUGGAAGCUCAGAGGAAACUUAAUUUGGAAACUGAUCUGUCGCCAUUGAAAUUAUUCCACAGAUGCUAUCAAUUUGUUGGAUGUAAUACUGUCUGAAUGUAAAUGUUGUUAUCGCAAGACUCUGAAUCUGCUUCACUAGCAUAACGCAUUAUUAAAGUUAGCGCCACAUUUAUGCAAGGAUUAGUAGUUUACGUUCGUUCCCGACUGUAGAAGGGGACUUUAGUGUUCUACUGUGCCACUGGACAGUUAGUCAAGUUCAUUCUGGAAGUUCAAAAAUUUAAAUAAUUGAUAAACAAAGGCAAUGCAGUGUAUACUGUUCUGCCUCUAGUUCAAAGUACUGGAAACUACGGAAUCCUACUUCCACCGUUAAGAUGACUGUCUUCAGAUUUAUCUUCAGAGACAAUAGUCUAACAGAACAGCCACUGGUAUGUUGUUUUAGUGCGCGAGGGAGGGAGAUAUUUAGAUCUGCUAGUCCAGAAAAUGAAGUACAAAAGCGCUGAGUUAUUUGACGAAUUAACUCGAGAAAGUUGCGACAUAGAUUAAUGAUCAAGUUGGUUGAGAAUUUCUUUCUUAAAAUUAUUGAACAAAACGAUGUGUGAAAUUCUCCUCUGUCUAUUACAGUUUAAGCAUUUCAUAGUUUAAGAUAUGUGGCGUCUCUGGGUGGGAAACAUUUUUAGAGAGAGGCAGUGUAGAAAGAUGGGAGGAAAGGAGACUGAUGAUUGUGAGCAGUCGUGAGUGAAGUAUUGGGGCGUUGGAGAGGUGGGCUGUGGUUGUGUUGGAGAGAGGGAGAGGAGAGGUAAUUGGGAUGGAAAAGACAGUGACAGCGAACAAAUGCAGGGCGGAGCAUCAGGAAUUCCAGUGUCCUGUCACGAAGUUGGUGGCAGCCGGCGCGAUCUAUAUUCUUCCGAAUCCGCACAACAGUGCAACGACGAGGAGCGACGAAGCAGGAAAAGAGGUGGAGACGGGCAGAGGAGGGGAAGUCCCGCGACGGCCGCAUUUGCAUAAUAGCUCCGAGGCGAUCAGAGCGGCCGAGCCAGCCAGCCGGAGCACCAGCCUGCAGCCAUUGACCUGAACUGGUUGGAAUGUGGCUUAAUAUGUCCAAUAAUGAGGGCCUGUGAAAUUAAUAUAAUAAAAUUGAGGAGGCAGUGAGGAAGAGGAGGAGCAGUACGCGGAGAGACGGGGUGGUGGGAGGAGAAGAGGGGAGAGGGCAGAAAAGGCAGAAAGUCGUGGAAGAGUGGGGGUAGAGCCCAGCUGUGCACUCGAGGGGCUGCAACGGCGGGCAGGCGGUAGUGUGCCGUCAGGGCCGAACGCUCCUAGUGCCUCUCACAAUUCCAGGCUCCAUAGGCUUCGACAUCCGGUGCACAUCUGUUCUUAAAUUUAUCGUCCUCCUAAAAUUAUACAGACUAACUGAAUUGUCUUCUGACUGCUCGCCUUAUCCAUUCUCCUUACUCUUUCUUUUCUUAUUAGUUUCCACCUCAGUUCAUGGACUUGUAGCUUGUUGCACCACAAGCUCUUUUUUUUACUUGCUCCACGUUUAAUUACUCCCUUACAACAUGUACCAUUCUUCUGUUCAUCUGUGAUGUUAUUGUCAUAUAACUGUACAUAUGAUAUGUGUAUUUAUUUUUUCUUCAUGUCUUAUUUGGUUACGCACAUUUUUGGUUGGCUCCUUUCAUUCUCUUCAAAAAUUCUGUCCUUGUCACUAGUUUCCUCUUGUGAUUUUGAUCUACAUGUUAAAUAUCAGACUUCACGUAGUGUUACAAAAUACAACUUUUUGUUUGUUUGUUUUGGAAGUCCAUCUUUUUGCCCUUAGUUGGUUUGUCCAUUAUUGUGUAAGUCACUAUCAUUUAAAAUUAGUCUCAUAAUUUGGUGGUGUCACAGCUGCAUACAUUUAUACUAUGCAGCUGCAAGUUACAUCUGCAUCAUUAUUUUGGAGAGAACGACACUUAAAAUGUACUGGGACGCCAGUGAUAGUUCAAAUCCUUGUUUUGAAAAUGAUUCAUCUUCCAGCACAAUCACAACCAAUUUAAAUAGGAAAUUACUGAUUAUGACCACCAAGUAACAAUUUCAGGUCAUAAGACACACCAGCCACCAUGAGCAAUCUUUCUAAAUUGAAUACCAUAUUAAAACUUAGGAAACUUCUGAAGUUGGCCUAUAGAAUUAAUGUAAUGACAAAUUUCGAAUUUUAAGCCCGAAGGGAGAUACGUUACGACUAAACUCCAUAAACAGGUAUCUUAAAUUAAGUGAGAACUGGCAGCCGAUCAGCAGAAUGUUGUUCGUAACAGAACUGAUAAAUGUUUUUAACACUACACUUCCCUGUACUCCUAUCUGGUAAGAGAAAGCCAUUUUACCAACGACGCCGUCAACUCAAUAGUUACUCCAACACAGGUAUCUUAUAUGUCAGGUAAAACUGAAAAAAUUGAUACUAAUUAGGAGAAUAAAGCUAUUAGCCACCUCACUGUGCAAUUCACAGCCCGAUUUUCACAUAGAUAAACUCGAAUAUUUCUGUUACUAUGAUGAUCGUAGUACUGACUGAUCUAUCUUACCGCUCUUAUGAACAGAUGAAAGUAUUCACAUGUAUAAGAUUCAACUUGACACAUCUAGCUGACUCUGUUUUCUGGGGGAAAAACAAAAGGACAAAUGAAAGCAAAUUUUCUGCGCAAGGUACCAAUGUUAUUUAUUCCGAAUUAAUAACUAACAUUUUUAUCUUAGUAGGCUGUUAGAGAUAUAAUCUAAUUUACAAUUACAGUUGUAAUUUACAUAGUUUAUUUGUUCAUCAUGCUAAAGAGUCCCUGAUCUUAUUUAAAUGAAUAAAAUUUGUAAUUGCAACAUAAGCUUACAAUUGUUUUCUGUAUUUAAUUGGUGAUGCUAUAGAGUAUGAAAAGUUUUGAACUGAAUUCGUAAUGAAACGAUAUAGUGAAAAAACUUCUACAUUGUGAUAAUGAUUGUUUAGUAGUAGUUUAUUAUAUAGAUGAACCCAAUUCAAAAUCUGAUCUGCAGAAACUGUCUUAUUAAUUAUAUUUUUUGUAACUGACAAUUUCUUCAGAUCAAUAAGGGUUUGAAGACUGCUGUUGAUAUGUGUUUUACUAACACCUUUGGGUUUUGGUGAAGUGAUACUGUCUUAAGAAAUCAUUCUCUCUUUUGAUGACUUUUGGUACCAUAAUAUAUACUGCAAUAAGCUAAUUUCUGCGAAAAGAUACAGAAAAACUGAAGAGUUACAACAUAUCUUUAAAGUUAACUAUAUGUUAUAAAAACUUGUCCAUGGUUCUUCAGAAGCUAUAAAUCCAGAUAAGUGAUCGUAUUUACAAUGCUUCAAUCAAAAUAGCAUUAAGAUGAUUUUAAUAUUUAUCUUCAAAAUAGGCAUAUCAUUUUUGUAUUUUAAUUAAAUUCCCAUGAAAUCUUUCGUGAGUUUCAAGUUCAUAUCCAAAAACAAAUUCCCGCUGAUCGAUUUUAACUUUGAAAUAUCUCUAAACAACAAUUACAGAUCUGUACAUCUUCUUUUUAAUUUAAACUAUAAUUUUUCAAAACCUGUAACUGUAUUCAAUCAUAUAUUAUGUUUUAAAUAUUUAUUUCAUGUAAAUUAAUAUCUUAAUUGCUAAAUUAAAUAUAAAAGUGUUAUUAUAAUUGAUAUAUGUGUGUGCCACUUCUUGUAUUUAGUUUCAAUGGAGUUAACUCCUAGAAUAUGUUGACUGAACUGUGUGUAAUUCUUUAUGUAGGGGACAUGAGUGAGACAAGAAGCCUGUUUUGCAACAACAAGUUGAUGUCCCAGCAAAUCUGUGAUAGGGUUAUUGAUUAUUGCAUAAUGUUUUAUGUGAGUGGUUUUUCAUAUGUAAAUGUGUUUUUGAUGUAAAUAGUGCCAUAAACUUAACAUGAUUUCAGCUUCAUUAUAGAGGAACUGCACUCUUAUAUAAUAAUGACAUACUGUCACUACAAGUAAUAUUGAUAAAGAGCAGAUGGUGGUGGUUACAGCAACAACAAGGUGAUAAGUUAUCAUUGUACUCAGCUCAAUUCAUAGGGCCCCAAACUGUGGGCGUGGACCAUUGUAAUAUAUGCUUGCUAAAAGAGACAGCACCUUUGUAUAACUAAUCUGAAGGAAAUAAAGCCAAUAAAACAAAUGAAA